CUGGAAAGGACGCAAGUGAGGGAAUCGAGGAGGCAAUUUAAGAGACUUGGGAUGUGCCCCAAGGCUGUUUCUCAAUAAGUGAACUUCUCUGUACUUGUGUCCUCCUGAACCUGUGAGACGUCAUCUAGCGGCCCGGAAAUGUUCUUGCUCCGCCCAUUAUAUCGGGGACGCAUCGGAGGAGACUUGUGUGGACUUUGGACAGCCAAGUAUCCCAGAAUGCAUUUCGCACCAACUGCGGAAGAGAGAAUGGCGGGGAUGACUCACAAACGGUCCAUGAUGACAAAGAAGCUGCUGGUGGACGUAGACUGUGGGGUGGACGAUGCUCAGGCCAUCAUGUUGGCGCUGGCCGCCUCCAACGUGGAGCUCCUGGGCGUCACCUGUGUGCAGGGAAACACCACAGUGGAGAACGUGUGUAAAAACACACUGCGAGUCCUGCAAGCCUGCAGUAAACUAGAGAUUCCAGUGUUUAAAGGUGCAGCUAAGCCGAUCCUUGGGGACUGCAUUGAUGCGGGACACUUCCACGGGCUGGACGGGCUGGGAGACGCUCCUGACCCCAACGCUCCCGGUAUAGACCUGGUUCAGAAGGAGGGCGCUGUGUCAGCCAUGAUCAGGAUUGUCAAUGAGAACCCAGGGCAGGUAUCUCUGGUUGCCAUAGCACCUCUCACCAACCUGGCUCUGGCUGUGAAGAUGGAUCCGUCUCUACCGAGCAAACUCAAAGGGCUCUACAUCAUGGGAGGCAACACUGAAUCUCGAGGAAACACUACAGUGUGUGGGGAGUUCAAUUUCGCUGCUGAUCCAGAAGCUGCAUACAUUGUACUGAACGAAUACCAGUGUCCCACCUACUUGGCCUGCUGGGAGUUCACCUGCUACAGCAAGCUAUCCUGGGAGUUUUGUGAUGCCUGGUUGGCGCAGGACACCGAUAAAGCUCGCUUCAUGGCACGGAUCUUCCAGCACAGCAUCGAGGCGUCAAAAAGCGAGCGCCUCGAGAAAGAGUUUGUCAGCGGCACAGGUUUUGUUUCCUGCGACUCGUAUGCCAUGGCCGCCGCCAUGGAUGAUUCAUUCAUCACGGAAAACGACCAUUAUCCAGUGACUGUAGAGCUGACGGGCAAACACACCAGAGGCAUGAUGGUCAUGGACACUGUGGGCUUCCUGAAGAAGGCUCACAAAGCUCAUAUCAUGAAGAAAGUGGAUAUGGAGAAGUUUGAGCAGAUGAUGAUGGCUGCUUUAAAAUAACAGCUCUGAACACACUAGGGCUGUAAUCAACCAAAGAAAUUCUUGGUCGGUUACGGAAGAUGGAUGUAAAUAUGGUCAAAUAACUAUGAACUGCAACUUUGCCAUGUUUAUAGCAUGGAAAGACCGGGGCUUAUUCCGAAUUUAGUAUGAUGUAAUGUUCAUGCUAUGGUACACCUCAAUUGUUUGACACAAUCAUAAAAACUGUUUUUUAUACUAUAAA